AUGCAAUACUCUAGUAUCUUGGGUUUGCUGGCAUUGGCCGCCAACGUCCAGGGCAUCAUCGCGAACCCUUCAUCCCGCUCGCUGAAGGCUCGUAGCAUUGCACUGGCACGACACGACGACCCCGAAAAGCUCAAGGCUGAUCUCAGCUCCUGUAUGCGUGAUGCAUCCGAUAACGACGACAUCAAAAAGUGUAACGCCAAACACGAUAAGGAACUCGCAGAGGCCUGCAAGAAGGCCAAGCGAAGCAUCCUCCUGCCUCGAUCGCAAGAAGGCUGCGAAGGCAAGGAGGGCCAGACUUGUUUCGUAUACGGUACAACGCCUGAGUGCCCGGCGAAAGAUGAGGAUCGCAUGGGAUGA